AUGGUCGGACAAAAAAUGCUCGCCUUAAUUGACAUGCAGUUACGCCAAGCUUUCCCUGAAAAAAAAGACCAGCCUUUUGGUGGCCGAUCCAUAAUUCUUAUUGGCGAUUUUGGACAGCUCCCACCAGUACUUGACGAUCCCAUGUUUCUUCAAACUCUCCGACGUAGUCCAUUAUCAAAUAAUGAAGAUCAACGCCAUUUCAGAGAUAUUUUAUUACGGCUACGUGAUGGAGAAACUACAAUGGAUGACUGGAAAACACUUACCACUCGAUUUGCUGAUUCACCAGAUGUAGAUAAUUGCUUAUUUUUAGAUGCUACAUCUCUUUUACCUCGAAAAGUUGAUGUCGAUGAAGUCAACUUUAAUAAGCUUAGAUCCUUAAACUGUCCUGUCGCCAAAGUUCGUGCUAUACAUGAUUUAGGUGGUUGUGAGGCAUCUAGAGCAGAUUCCAAUAUGGCAAAAGGUCUUGAAGCAUGCUUGUUGCUCGCAAGAGGUGCACGCAUUAUGCUUAGGGCUAACUUAUGGACUGAGGUAGGAUUAGUCAAUGGUUCAAUGGGAACAAUUCAAGAAAUAUUAUUCGAAGAAGGCAAAUGCCCACCUUUUCUCCCAAGUGCGGUUCUUGUUGAAUUCGACAAUUACAAUAGCCCUUCUAUUACAACUGUAGAAAACAAAAGACUUGUCCCUAUAUUACCUAUAAGACAAACUUGGGAAUCAAAAUCUAUAGUUUGUUCACGCUUACAAUUUCCCAUUAAUCUUGCGUGGGCAAUUACAGUUCAUAAGAGUCAGGGAUUAACGCUUCCGAAGGCUAUAGUAGAUCUCGGAGAAAGAGAAUAUGCUACAGGCCUCUCAUUUGUAGCAAUAUCUCGUGUUCGCUCCCUCAAAAAUAUUCUUUUUCAUCCUUUCUUAUUUGAAAGACUUCAACGUAUAAGAAAUUCUACAAGAUUACAGAAUAGAAAAAGUGAAGAGGAACGAUUAGUUUCUUUAAUAACAUAA